UCAGGUGUGGCCACCAUGCAGUCUUCAUCGCAACAGUACUACGAGCAGUUCUCGUCCAACGUGGCGGAGAACCGCACGCACGAGGGGCAUCUGUACAAGCGCGGGGCUCUGCUCAAGGGCUGGAAGCAACGAUGGUUCGUACUGGAUUCUAUCAAGCACCAGCUGAGGUACUACGACGCGAUGGAGGACUCGCACUGUAAAGGAUUCAUUGAUCUCGCGGAAGUGAUCACAGUGACGCAGGCGCCGCCCGCCCCCGGUCCGCCCAAGAAAUGCGACGACCGGUCUUUCUUCGAUUUGCGCACAAGCCGACGCACAUACAACUUCUGCGCUAGCGAUGCGAACGCUGCGCAGGAGUGGAUCGAGAAGCUACAGGCGUGCCUGCAGUGAACCCGCACCUACUGACCGCAGGACAACGCGGCGAACUACUCAACACAUUGACUGACCAACACGUUUGGUCUGUACAUAUGACGAGCAGAGCCAUCUGUUGGUGACGACGGGGCUCGUAGACAUGUUACAUUACUCCCAGCUGAUGUACUGAACUGACAAGUUAAAGUCAACGUCAGUCAUUUGAAGUUUUCUAUUCGUUUUGUUAUGCGGUGUAACAUAGUCUCAGCCCUCAGGAUGCGAUGACUAAGCGAUGUCACUAUCGUUCACUAUACAACAAUUUUAACAAGCAAUAACUAACCUUAUGUUGUAACAAAUAAAAAUGAGAUUUGAGAAUCUUGUUGGCAUUGUUGUACGGUAAACGUUAGGCCAUGACUCGAUACUUGCACUCGACAAGUUUCAUCGAUAAUCGAGAACGGAGAUUUUUAUUAUUCAUGUCCUAAGACUUGGUAUAAAUGUUAUUACAAGACUAUAUAAAUAUUG